AAAAGAAAAUAAUAAAUGGAAAAAGCUACAAUUGGGAAGCCAAAAUUGAAAACAGAGCGUCAAGCAUCUUUAUAUAAAAGGAAGAGGAAUUCUAUGUUCCUUUGUCUUGAAGUCCCAAAAACAGAGCAAUACAAACAGAGAGCUUCUAAAUCUCCCACUCACAUGGCCGGAAUCUCUCCGCUCUCAGCCACCCACUUCCUCUUUCUCUCUUUCCUCCUCUCCUCUGCCAUAGCUUUCGCUAUAGGCGAAGAUGAAUACUCCUUUGGAAGAACAUUGGACAGAAAACUUUUGGGUCUUAGAAAAGAGAAGCUCAGCCACUUGCGUCUUUACUGGCACGACGUUCAAAGUGGCAAAAACCCAACCUCAGUCCAAAUCGUGCCCCCUGUUUCGAACACGUCAAGGACUGGAUUCGGUGCGGUCCAAAUGAUCGACAACCCAUUGACAGCAACUUCAGAUCCGAAGUCCAAACUGUGGGGAAGAGCACAGGGACUUUACGCGGCAGCUUCGCAAGACAAAUCUGGGCUGUUAAUGGCGAUGAAUUUCGCGUUUGUGAGUGGGAAAUACAACGGAAGCUCCAUCACCAUAUUUGGAAGAAACCCAUUUAUGGAGAAAGUGAGAGAGAUGCCUGUGAUCGGUGGAAGUGGGCUGUUCAGAUUUGCGAGAGGAUAUGCGGAAGCCAGAACCAGCAAGAUUGAUUUCUACACAGGGGAUGCUGUUAUUGAGUAUAACAUUUACGUACUUCAUUAUUGAUUCCACUUUGUUCUCUCUGUUUGUGUUUCGUUUCUUUAAUUUAGUUUCUUCUGGAACAGGGGCUGGGUUUUGAACUUUUCAAUAAUUUAAAUGUUUGUUUAGUGGGUGAAAGUGGAAAGCCUGCUUCGCCGGACUGUUUAUCCACAGAGUGAGUUUUUUUGUUGUUUGAAUUGGAAUCACUGUUAACUCUACUUCAUAUUCUACCACAUCUAAAUUAUAUGAAUUGCUCACUACAGAAGGAUUCUUUUUUG